AACCAACACGAAAACACUAUGUCUCCCCCAUCAGAAGUAGACGUUAUUAUUUGCGGUGGAGGCGCUGCUGGCAGCGUUGUGGCGGGCCGACUCGCAAUGGCGGACCCAUCUCUCAGCGUCCUUGUGGUAGAAUGCGGAAAAAACAAUUACAAUGUUCGUGAGGUCGUCCGGCCGGCGCUGUACCUCACCCACCAGGCACCCGGUUCAACCACCGCCAAGUUUUACAAGGGGAAAGCAUCCAAACAACUCGGUGGUCGAGAGCCAAUUGUUCCUGUCGGGAAUGUCCUGGGUGGUGGAUCAAGUAUCAACUUUAUGAUGUACACUAGGGCUAGUCGAUCGUGGGUUUUCCCCAUUGAGUUGGUUGGAAUGCGAGUCUAAUCAUGGCUAGGGAUUACGACGACUGGGAGACCGAGGGCUGGGCCGCAGAAGAUUUGAUCCCACUUCUGAAGAAAACCGAGACUUACCAUCUCGAGAACAAGGACCCCGCAAUCCAUGGGUUCGAAGGACCCUUGCACGUCUCCCAGGGAGGACACAAGUCUGACACCACCGAGGAGCUUCUCGAGGCCGCCAAGUCUAUGGGGUAUAGGCUUACCGAAGAUUUACAAGAUCUCAAGGAGUCCAAUGCCUUCUCGGUUUCAUUCCUGAAUUCCAAUUGUGAAACAAGCGCUAACAAAAUUUCAGAAAUGGCCCAAGUGGAUUAACCCCGAGACUGGCCGACGCUGCGAUGCCGCGCACGGAUUCAUUCACCCUCAAAUUGAGAAGGGCUGUAACCUCCAUCUCCUAUGUGAUACUAAGGUGGCCCGAGUAAUCAUCGAGAACGGAAAAGCCGUAGGAGUUGAAGUAGUUCCUCCCGAAGCACCUGUGGACUCCUCUGCCCCAGUGACCACCACCAUCAAAGCCAGGAAGCUUGUUGUUGUGUCAUCUGGUACCCUUAGCACCCCACAGAUUCUUGAGAGAUCCGGUAUCGGGGCGCCGGAGGUCUUGAAGGCGGUUGGAGUUAAGCAGGUCGUUGACCUCCCCGGUGUGGGAACAAACUACCAAGACCACAAUUUGAUACUUCCAACUUACCGGGUUGCGCCGGAGACCAGUACCCACGAUGAUUUCCUUCUUGGCAACACCGACGUCCAUGAACAGGGUGAAAGGGAUUUUGCCAACGGAAAGGGGGUCUAUGCAACAAACUUUCUCGAUGCCGGUGGUAAAGUUCGACCAACUGAGAGGGAAAUUGAAGAGAUGGGCCCCGAAUUCCGGAAAUUUUACGAUGAGUACUUCAAGGAUGCUCCGGAUAAGCCCGUUAUGUUUGUCUGCAUUGGAAAUGCGUGAGCUCACAACUUUCCAUCAGAAGGAGUGGUUACUAACUUCCGCAGGUUCUUUGGGAAUCGUAGCCUUGUCCCACCCGGCAAGUAUGUAACGAUCGCGUCAUACUUGGAAUACCCCGCUUCCCGCGGCACUAUCCACAUUACCUCCCCCUCACCAUACGAGGAACCGGAGUUCGAUCCCGGUUUCCUCGCACACCAGGCCGAUAUCGGCCCGAACGUAUGGGGCUACAAGCUCGGACGCGAGAUCGUACGCCGCAUGCCCUGUUACCGUGGUGAGGUCCCGGGUGUCCAUCCCAAAUUCAAUCCCUCAUCUGCUGCUCGUGCUCGUGAGAUCGACAUCGAGAACUCAGGAGAGAUUCAGGAAUCUACCGGUGCCAUUGCCGGGAUAACACUCUAUGAAGCCUUGGAACCCACGCAGACUGGUGGAAAGAUCGAGAACUUGGUAUACACAGAAGAGGAUAACAGCGCCAUAGAAGAAUGGGUCCGUGAGAAUGUCGCUACUACAUGGCAUUCUAUGGGUACUUGUGCCAUGAAGCCGAGAGAUCAAGGCGGCGUUGUCGAUGGUAAACUGAACGUGUAUGGCGUUGAAGGGCUAAAAUUGGCGGAUCUGUCGAUCUGCCCCGGAAAUGGUGAGCUCUCUAUCUCUUUAGGACCUAGAUUCGGGUUCGUGCUAAUCAAUUGCCUUUUUUCUUCUUCAUUCAAGUUGGCGCAAAUACCUACUCCACCGCCCUUUUGGUCGGUGAGAAGGCGGCUGUAUUGGUUGGAGAGUACUUGGGCCUUGAGAAUAUUUAGUAUGGGUUAGACUAUUCCAUACCCGAGCUUCCAGUAAAUUGAUUUUCUCUCGGUUGGUCAGGUUGGCGUUCAGGAAUUGAGGGUCUAGUACGAUAAAAAACCGAAUUAUGUACUUUCCUUUUUGUGG